AUGAAACAUCGGCAUAGAACUGAGACAACCCUUGAUCUCUGCGUUGAUCUUGGUAUUAGCCUCUAUCAAACCUACAAAAUACAUCAUCUUCUACUCAGUCAAUGUCAAUCUGGUCUCUUGCCCACAUAUGACCUACGAGAUAGGAAAAUGAUCGUCCUGUCAAAAUCUUAG